CCGGGAGAAGACUUAGCCCCGCCCCCGCCCUGCGCCUGCGCACUCGCGUUCCCGCGGCCCGGGCUCCCGGCGCCUGCGCACGCGCGUCAGGUAUAGACGGGUUGGGAGAUGAGUGACUCAGAUGAUGACACCCCCCGACUUUCUGCCUACACCUUAGCAGCUCUCCAGGAAUUCUUUGCUGAGCAGAAGCAACACACAGAGCCAAGUGGGGAUAGCAAAUAUAAUGUUGGAAUAAUAGAAGAAAACUGGCAGCUGAGCCAGUUUUGGUACAGUCGGGAAACAGCCCUGCGACUUGCACAGGAAGCACUCAGCGCGGCAGGGGCCAGUGGCAGAAUAGCGUGUGUGAGCGCGCCCAGCGUCUACCAGGCCCUCAGAGAGCUGCGCAGAGACGACAUCUCCGUCUCCAUCUUUGAAUAUGACAGAAGAUUCGCUGUGUACGGGGAGGAAUUUGUCUUCUAUGAUUACAACCGUCCACUGGAUUUACCUGAGAGCAUCACGGCGCAGAGUUUUGACAUCGUAAUAGCAGACCCUCCGUAUCUUUCCGAGGAAUGUCUGGGAAAGACUUCAGAAACCAUCAAGUACCUGACCCGGGGCAAGAUUCUUUUGUGCACAGGGGCCGUCAUGGAGGCGCCGGCGGCGCGGCUCCUGGGCGUGAGGACGUGCGCCUUCAUCCCAGAGCACACCCGAAGCCUGGCAAACGAGUUUCGCUGUUACGUGAACUACGAUUCUGGGCUGGACCGCGGAACCGAAAUCCAGACCGUAGCAGCACAGUACAGGGCCCCGUGACCUUUCCAUCACCCUCUUUUUAUUUUCUUUUGAUUGAAAAUUUAUAAUCUUCCCUCGCAUCCUCCUCCAAACCGCGGCCAUCUGGCUUCAUUUUCAGAAUAAAAGGUACAGCUUAUUGUGUCUUU